AUGUUAGAGCCGACGGGAAAUCAGCAUGAUCUUCCACGGCCGUCGAAGGCUGAAAGGCUGAAGACAGUCUUUGCCGCCCCGUCGCAGGAGCUGGACAAGGAUGGCCAACGUGGCAAACAAGCAUGUUCCAGAGUCCGCCGCGCAGCGUCUGACUUCGCGGCAUGGUUGGCGCAACCAUACAAUGUGGACAUUGAGAUUCCUGAUAGUGAUGAUGAAGACGAUGGCAACAAAGAAGAGGGCAACAAAGAAGAGGCCAACAAGGAGCCCGUCCAAAAGCUGACAAUGCGAGAGAAGCUAAGAAAAUUGGUGACAAGCAAUGGAUUUGAGGCCAUGAGUUGCAUGUUGAUCAGCAUCAACUUGGUGUUCCUCGGUGUCCAGGCAGAUUGCAACGAAGGUUGCAGUGACCUCACGAUGGCCACGAUUAGUGCUUUUGAUGAGAGUUUCACUGCGCUCUUCCUUGUCGAGUGGUUGUUUUAUGUUGCGGCGCAUGGGAUAGACUAUUUCAAAAGCGCUUCCAAUUGGCUGGACACGUUUAUUGUGUGGGUGGUUGGCGUCUUUCUCCUUUGGAUUGCGCCGCUUGUCUUUGGUGCCGGAGGCUUGGCUGCUUUCCAGGCAAUUCGAGCAAUAAGAGGCAUGCGCUCUUUGCGAUAUUUUCGCGUGCUCCGACACUUCCAGAGCUUCCGGAUGCUGUUGACCGGUUUCUUGGGCACCAUAUUCACCCUGGCAGCAUGUGUUGUGAUGAUUACCCUGACCGACCUGACGUUCGGCAUCAUCUCUGUGGAUAUCAUAGGACGAGAUCCUGCCUGGGGCACUGCUCCUGAAGGAACUGCGGCCUGGUACUUUCAAAACGGUGUGAUUCAAGCCAGUCUGACCAUGUCCCGAUUCAUUUUCAGCGACAACGCCGUAAAUCUUAUCGAGGAGUUGCAAGAGAAGCAGCCCUACAUCUGGAUAUACUGCUUUGCAUUUAUGGCGAUUGCGGCUUAUGUCAUCCUCAACCUUGUUACAGCUACUAUCUGUGACAAGGCGCAGGCAAUUGUGAACGAGAAUGAGGCAGAAAGGCUGUUCGAGAUGCGCAUGGAGGAGAAGAGAAACAUGAAGGACCUAAGGCACAUUUUCGAGGUUCUUGAUGAAGACGGCAGCGGCCUGGUAACGACGGAGGAGUUUGACGCUGCCUUCGAGAUACAACAUUGCAGGGAUAAGUUCUUCCUGCUGGGCUUCGAGGAGGAGGAAAUGAAGCAACUUUUCAGAGUACUGGACGACGACGGUCAAGGUGAGUUGAGCGUCUCCGAGUUCCUGAAGGGAAUGGCCCAGGUGCAAGGAGAUGCGGAUUCAAAAUCAAUGCUGGUUGCCAGCAAGACCAUGGAGAAGGUCAAGGUUUCCUAUGAGAAAGUGAGCGGAACAAAGGGAGGGACGGCUUCUGUGGAGCUCCGGCAAUCCAUGCGUGCCGAGCCGACGUUGGAUGAGCAGCUGACCUCCUUGGAGACAUAUGCCAUGACUCGCCUUGACCAAAUUGAGAAUGUACUCCGGUCAUUUCAUGCUAAAGCUGAUACUUUCGAAAAGAAGCUGCAAACAAUUCAAAGUUGGCCUCCACUUCCUACGGCUUCAAGCCCGGACUCUGGCAAAGCCAAGUCUAGAGAGGCUGAGCCGAUGGAAGGUGAACAUGAGAACGAAGAGGGUGAGGGCUGA